AUGGACUUUUCACUUUUUCCUUUCUCUCUUACAUUAUCAUAUGGUUCUCUCGUUUCUCCCUCUAUUUCAGUUUAUCCAUUGCGUGGAAGUGCCAUUGACAUUCAUCCAAAUGCUUGCUGGAAACAAAAUGGUAUUACAGUGGCUGGAAGAAAGGAAAAUGGCUAUGGAACCGAUCAACUCAAUAAUCCAUGGGGUUUGUUUGUGGAUGAUGAACAAACAGUCUAUGUUGCUGAUCCCAACAAUCAUCGUAUUAUGGAAUGGAAAAGAGAUGUGACGAAUGGCCAAGUGGUUGCCGGUGGAAACGAACAAGGAAGUAGAGAUCAUCAAUUGUCUUACCCAUAUGAUGUGAUUGUUGACAAAGAGACAGAUAGUCUCAUCAUAUGCGAUGGUUGGAAUAACAGAGUGGUUCGAUGGCCUCGUCGAAAUGGAACAAAUGGAGAAAUAAUCAUCUCCAACAUCACUUGUGUGGCUUUGACAAUGGACGAGAAUGGAUCUCUCUAUGUCGUUGACAAAGGAAAACAUGAAGUAAGGCGAUAUCGAAGAGGAGAAUCGGAAGGAACAGUGGUUGCAGGUGGCAAUGGAAGUGGAAAUCGUCUCGAUCAACUCGAUGAGCCAACAUACGUAUUCGUCGAUCGAGUUCAUUCAGUGUACGUAUCUGAUUGGAACAAUCACCGUGUGAUGAAAUGGUCGAAAGAUGCAACACAAGGCAUUAUUGUGGCUGGCGGCCAAGAACGAGGAAAUGAUUAUACACAAUUGUCAUAUGCUCGAGGAUUCGUUGUCGAUCAAUUAGGCACUGUCUAUGUAGCUGAUGCAGGAAAUGAUCGAAUCAUGCGUUGGCCCAAAGGAGCCACACAAGGAAGUGUCAUUAUUGGUGGAAAUGGUCAAGGGGGAGAAUCGAAUCAACUCAAUUGGCCCUUUGGUUUAUCAUUCGAUCAACACGGCAAUCUCUAUGUCGUCGAUCGCUAUAAUCAUCGAGUGCAAAAAUUUAACAUUGCCUCAAAUGCUUAA